GGGGCGGGCGCGGAGCAGGCCGGGCCGACCGAUGGAGUGACGCGCGGGCGGAGCGGGGAGCGCCGACGCCAGCCCGGGCCCAGACCUCCGCCCUCGCGCUCCAGCUGCAGCCCGGAGCCGGCCGUGCCGGGGCCCCGUCCGGGAGCCCUCAGGCAGAUCUUCAAGGAACAUCAUUGUAUAUGUAUCUUUGUGUAUAUUUGCAAGUACUUUUUCAGGAUAGGUUUCUAGAAGUGGAAUUGAAAUUUUCAGUUCUUCAGCAAUUAACUAUAUUUUUAAAAUUCUUGUGGAUUUGAAUAUGGAAAGAACACAACUACUUUAAUCUCAUAAAGAUUGAAAUAUUUGAAUCAAGGGGAGGAGCAAGAUGGCGGAAGAGUAGGGUCCCCAAAUCACCUGUCUCCACCAAACUACCUAGAAAACCUUCAAAUUAUCCUGAAAAUCUAUGAAUUCGGCCUGAGAUUUAAAGAGAGACCAGUUGGAAUGCUACAGUGAGAAGAGUUCGCGCUUCUAUCAAGUGGAAAACACUUUAUUCUUGGCCCUACAGAAAUUCUGCCUGGCUAUCAACAUGACGGCGGAAGAAACAGUGAAUGUAAAAGAGGUUGAAAUCAUUAAGCUAAUUUUAGACUUCUUGAAUUCAAAGAAGCUUCACAUUAGUAUGUUGGCCCUUGAGAAGGAAAGUGGAGUCAUAAAUGGCCUAUUUUCAGAUGAUAUGCUUUUUCUAAGGCAGCUAAUCCUUGAUGGUCAGUGGGAUGAAGUUCUUCAGUUCAUUCAGCCUCUAGAAUGUAUGGAAAAAUUUGACAAAAAAAGGUUUCGUUAUAUUAUCCUGAAGCAGAAGUUUUUAGAAGCUCUAUGUGUUAACAAUGCAAUGUCAGCAGAAGAUGAGCCCCAGCAUGUAAGAUUUUUAUUCCUGAAGCUGGAAUUUACCAUGCAAGAAGCUGUGCAGUGUUUGCAUGCCUUAGAAGAGUAUUGUCCUUCUAAAGAUGAUUAUAGCAAGCUCUGUUUGCUUUUGACUUUGCCUCGUCUGACCAAUCAUGCCGAAUUUAAGGACUGGAAUCCGAGCACUGCACGAGUUCACUGUUUUGAAGAGGCUUGUGUUAUGGUUGCAGAAUUCAUCCCUGCUGAUAGGAAGCUAAGUGAGGCUGGUUUUAAAGCAAGUAACAAUCGUUUAUUUCAGCUUGUAAUGAAGGGCCUGCUUUAUGAAUGCUGUGUAGAAUUUUGUCAAAGUAAAGCAACUGGAGAAGAAAUUACAGAAAGUGAAGUACUUCUUGGCAUUGAUCUUUUGUGUGGUAAUGGUUGUGAUGACUUGGAUCUGAGUUUAUUGUCAUGGCUUCAGAAUCUCCCAUCUUCUGUCUUCUCUUGUGCUUUUGAACAGAAAAUGCUUAAUAUUCAUGUUGACAAACUACUGAAACCUACAAAAGCUGCAUAUGCUGAUCUCUUGACUCCCCUUAUCAGCAAACUUUCUCCCUAUCCAUCAUCUCCAAUGAGAAGGCCUCAAUCAGCUGAUGCCUAUAUGACCCGUUCUCUGAAUCCUGCUUUAGAUGGCCUCACUUGUGGACUAACCAGUCAUGAUAAGAGAAUCUCAGACCUUGGAAACAAAACUUCUCCAAUGUCACACUCCUUUGCUAACUUCCAUUAUCCAGGUGUGCAAAAUCUUAGUAGAAGUCUCAUGCUUGAGAAUACAGAAUGUCACAGUAUUUAUGAAGAAUCCCCUGAACGAAGUGAUACACCUGUUGAGGCACAGCGGCCUAUAAGCAGUGAAAUCCUGGGCCAGAGUUCAGUUUCAGAAAAAGAGUCUGCAAAUGGAACACAGAAUCCAGGACCAGCUAAGCAAGAAAAAAAUGAGCUUCGAGAUUCAACAGAACAGUUUCAAGAAUAUUAUAGGCAAAGAUUACGCUAUCAACAGCAUUUAGAACAGAAAGAGCAACAGCGACAGAUAUACCAACAAAUGCUGCUUGAGGGAGGUGUGAAUCAGGAAGAUGGUCCUGAUCAGCAGCAGAAUCUUACGGAACAAUUCCUUAAUAGGUCCAUUCAAAAGCUUGGUGAAUUAAAUAUUGGAAUGGAUAGCCUUGGUAAUGAGGUAUCAGCACUCAACCAACAAUGUAAUGGGAGCAAAAACAAUGGAUCUAAUAAUAAUUCUCUAACGAAUUUUGUUACACCACCCCAAGACUCUAGUCAGAGAAUAACACAUGAUGCUUCAAAUAUUCACACAAGCACCCCUUCUAAUCCUGGAUCAACAAAUCACAUACCUUUUCUUGAGGAAUCACCUUCUGGAAAUCAAAUCUCAUCAGAACAUUCGGUCAGUAAGCCAGCUCUUGGAGAUUCUUCAGGGAAUCUGUCAAGAUCAAGAGGGGAAGAGGAUGACAAAUCAAAAAAGCAAUUUGUUUGUAUUAAUACCCUAGAAGACACACAAGCUGUUAGAGCAGUAGCUUUUCAUCCAGGUGGUGGCUUAUAUGCUGUAGGUUCAAAUUCAAAAACUCUGAGAGUAUGUGCCUAUCCAGAAGUAAUUGAUCCAAGUGCAUGUGACAUCCCUAAGCAGCCAGUGGUACGUUUUAAAAGGAAUAAACAUCAUAAAGGAUCCAUUUACUGUGUGACCUGGAGUCCUUGUGGACAGCUGUUAGCAACAGGAUCAAAUGACAAAUAUGUCAAAGUGCUGCCCUUCAAUGCAGAGACUUGUAAUGCAACAGUUUCAGGACCGGAUCUGGAAUUUAGUAUGCAUGAUGGGACAAUUAGAGACUUGGCAUUUAUGGAAGGCCCAGAAAGUGGUGGAGCCAUUUUGAUAAGUGCUGGAGCAGGGGAUUGUAACAUUUAUACAACUGAUUGUCAAAGAGGACAGGGCCUGCAUGCUCUGAGUGGACAUACAGGGCAUAUUUUAGCACUUUAUACCUGGAGUGGCUGGAUGAUUGCAUCUGGUUCCCAAGAUAAGACUGUUAGAUUUUGGGAUCUUCGAGUACCAAGCUGUGUUCGUGUUGUUGGGACAACAUUCCAUGGAACUGGUAGUGCAGUGGCCUCUGUAGCUGUCGAUCCCAGUGGCCGUCUCUUAGCCACAGGACAAGAAGAUUCUAGCUGCAUGUUAUAUGACAUAAGAGGAGGAAGAAUGGUACAAAGUUAUCACCCUCAUUCCAGUGAUGUUCGCUCUGUUCGAUUCUCUCCUGGAGCUCACUACCUGCUGACAGGAUCCUAUGAUAUGAAAAUAAAGGUGACAGACCUACAAGGAGAUCUCACGAAACAACUUCCUAUCAUGGUGGUGGGGGAGCACAAGGACAAAGUGAUUCAGUGCAGGUGGCACACCCAGGAUCUUUCCUUCCUGUCAUCCUCUGCAGACAGAACUGUAACCCUCUGGACUUACAAUGGAUAGAGUAUACCCUGUGUCAGUCUAUGCAGUGAAAGCACAGAGACUUAAGACUACUGAGUUGUGAAAAUUAACAAUUUUGAAGAACAUAGCUGAUCGGAAAAGUGGCUUAGCACGAGGAGGCCCCUUCUUAACGUGUAUCCCUUUGAUAGGAACUGUUGGGUGGUGUUAUUCUGCAGUGGUUUCAGUCUUCCAUGUGAGCUCGUGCUGCUGUGACCUGCUGUAUGUAGUCUUGUUGCCAAAGUCUGCGGAAGAGCUCUUACGUUGUCAGUGUGCACUCCAAGUCAAGGUGGACGAUGUGUUUACGGUUUAGUAUUAAAUGCAUUCCUUGGUCUUUGCCUAAAUAACAGUUUUAUAUACACACUGAAAUUGAACUAUACUUUAAGCAUAUUAUUACAUGUAAUGCAACCAAGUUCUACACAGAUUAAACAUAGGUGUUUAGAAAUUACUUUUCUCACAGUCCCAUGAUAUUAUACCACUUGUCAGCUAGAGGUCAGAAUUUUCUAUGUCUCUCAAAAAUUACAUGGUUAUUUUCACUAAGGAUUAUUAUGGAAUUUAAAGAUGGAUGGAAAACUGCUUCUUAGUUCAUUACGUGGUAUUGGCGUUUUCUUUUUUUCUUAAACCCAGGGAUAGAAUUACUAUUUUGUCACAUUAUUUUGCUUCAGGCUUAAAAGGUAAAUAAAUAUGUUUGCUUCAGAAACUUGUUAAUUUCAAUGUUUUGAAUGCAACAAGAUACCUCCCUUCUAAACUGUACUGUAGAAGCAGAGCAGCAGCGUUAUGUGAUGCAACACUCGAUGGUACAGUAAAUUUACUGGCUGGCAUUUAUCCUCUUAAAAAUUAAAAACAUUGCCAUAGACUAUAGCAUGGUUUGAAAUGCUAUGUCUGCAUGAUAAUUUAAAAUGGAAAAAUUUUAACUUUGCACUCCAAAAGCUUAUUUGAAUUUGUUCCUUGCACUGUUUUGUGUGAUGCAGAAUAAUGAUUUUAUUCCUAUGGCAUUGUAGAUCUAACAUUUAUGUAUCUUUAUUUUCAUAUUGUACAGUAAUUUUACUUUAAAUUAUUAAAUAGGCUAUUUAUUUUAAAUGCAGUUGAGUUGGUUCUAAUUAUUGAACUGUCUGUGCACUGUGUGUAGCAAGCAUUUUUAAUCUAUUGUAUACAAGUGGAAAGGGUAUUAGAAGUGUAACUGUGCUAUUAUUUCAAUAAAGACCUCUUGACACCUGAAAGUA